AUGGGUGACACCUUGAAAGAACCAAUUAUAUUUGCACCUAAGACCUACCAAUAUGAUAAAUUUCAGUUAAACCCAGAGGAUAUGGCCGAGGAUCCAAUUGAACAAUUUACUAAAUGGUUUCAAGAGGCCCAAGAGGCUAGGGAGGAUCUCCCGGAGGCAGUGAAUCUUGCGACUGCUAGAUUGCCUUCUGGUCGUGUGUCCUCAAGAGUUGUGCUUUUCAAAGAGUUAGACGAUAGAGGAUUCGUAAUUUACUCAAAUUGGGAACAGUCUAAGAAGGGCCAAGAUGUGAAAAGUAACAAAUAUGCAGCUAUAACUUUUUUUUGGAAGGGAUUGCAACGCCAGGUUCGUGUUGAAGGUGUAUUCGAGGCAGUUAGUCGCUCUACUGUACAACGGUACUUUGAUACAAGGCCGAGGGGAUCUCGUUUAGGUGCAUGGGCUUCACCACAAAGUGUUGAAAUUCCUAGUCGCGCUGCCUUGGAAUCCAAUCUGGAGGCAAUUGAAUCUCAAUUCAGAGAUUCCGUUUCAGUUCCGGUACCUGACCACUGGGGUGGGCAGAGGCUUGUACCGCUGGAAAUAGAAUUUUGGCAAGGAAGACCAAGUAGACUACAUGAUAGACUAGUAUACAGAAGGGAAAAUUUGGAGGACAACAAAUGGAGCAUUGUUCGAAUUGCUCCAUAG